AUGGACAAACAAACAGAUCACUACUUUCUUUUGAGAUAUACAGACGCAGGAGGCACAAUGAAUCCUUUCUUCAGCUCGACGCCCGCGCCAGGAUAUACACAGCUACACAACCAACCAUCACCAGAUACCGAUACCCUAUCAACCUGGGAAAUCAUCAAUUCCCCAAUGUCAGCCUCCACACAGUCCACAAACACAACAUCCCCACAACUCCCCUCCGUCGCACAAGACCAAGCAACGAAAACAACAACAGAAACCAAACCCAAACAAAUCACCGAAGCACAACCACCCCGCUACAACGACAUCAGCGGCGCCGUGAUAAUCGACUGGGACGGGUCCCCGCGCUUCCUGUCGCCCCAAGAAGAGCAAGAACGACAGACUGCGCUGGAGAACGCCGUGCGCGAGAAGAUGUUGGGGUUACCGCGGAAGACGGAGUUUGCGUGGGCGAGGCCGGAUGUUUCGAUUGAGGCUGGGUUGCCGGCAUAUUCACCUGGGGAGAAGGAGAUGGGUAAGGGAGAUGGGGAUGUUUGA